AGCUCGGCCCUGGCUGCUCGUUCGCAGCCUCGGCGCCUUCAGGCGGCUGCACUCGGCCAUUGCCACGGCAGUUGUUGGCACAGCAUUGGUUUCUGUCAGUCACUGCUGUCAAUUGGCAGAGAAUUGGUCUCUGUGAGCGACUCCGGAACUCGCAAAGCAUUGGUCUUUGCGAGGGAGUCCUGAAUUUCCUUUGAAGGUAAAGAUUGACUCAAAUUGUACUUUCUGGUUUUGUCCCAUCUGUGCUCUGAAAGAGAAUGCCACAGGGAGAUACAGGAUGGUGGCAUGUACAGCUGAGGGGAUGAACAAUAGAUGGUCUACUGAUGGUGCUUUUUGCUCACUGAACAAAUGCAACAUUUCCUAAGUACACUAGUUUAUAGAGUUUUUCCUGUAGUAUUUAUUUAAACUACUUAUAGGUGAGUGAGUUCUGUUCAAAUUUCAGUGGGUUGUUAUGAUCUGGUUAUUAAAAUUAUUAAGGAGGUGCCCCUGAAUUAAGGUGCAAAAUGAGACCAUCUGCCAAAGUGGAUAGUCUGGAUUUUAUGUAACAGUAAAUGUGAGGAAGAGAGAGGGAGAAAGAAAUAGAAAAAGGAGGGGGGGACGGAGGUUGAUGGGAAGUGGGCAUGAAAGAGAGUGACAGAGACAGAUUUAGUAGAAAAGAUCACCAUUCCAUGGAUCCCAUCCCAUCCCAUUCAAUCCUCUUCUGGUCUUCUCUGUGGUGAGGUUUCGCAAAAUGUAAGACUCCAAUGGAUGAAUGCGGAUUUGGGCAAGGUGGGACAGCCCAGGUACCUCCCUGGGGAAGGGCAAGUUGGGCUCUGUCUUUUGCUACUUUCAAAUAAUAUACAUUGUUAGCACCAGUAUAUCCUUUGAGUCUGCCACGAAUUGGGCAGUGGAUUUUCGGAUCUGUUGUGUUACUUUGCAUGCCAUGCAGUCAUCUGGUGCAAGGCCUCAGAAAUGGCUCUGGGGGCACUUUGGGGGUCUUUGAUGGGCUAUGACACCCCCUGAGCUGCCCCUGAUGGGAAUGUCCCCUGGAUGUGGCCUUCUGGGGGUGGGGGUUGUAGAGCUGAGCCAGUUUGUGUGAGGGAGGAUGGGUGUCCACUGCCCCUUACCAGUGAUUGUGCCACAGACCCAAAAUUUCCUCCUGCCCCUCUGUUGAUGGGAGGUGUGUGUGCAAACCUGGCCUCAGCAGACGAGUCUGUGGCUGUGACUUGCCCAGCCUGAAGGCAGACAGAGCUGAUUUUCAGGACAGCUGCUGGCUGUGGCUUUGGUGUGGAUCUAUUUUUCUCCCUUGGCCUUGUUCACUUCUCCCGAGACCUGAGCUAAUGGGGCAAUAGUGUCACCUUUAUCUUGCCUCAAGUUCCCUUGUGGGGCUGAACUCCCAGUCUCAAGUUCCAGUCAGGAGGCAUUUUCAGGGAAGGGUGGGCUUGGGUGCUCUCAGCUUCUUUGUACAGUUUUGUCACAAUUGGAAAAAAGUCCUUUGUAGCAAUAUUUAAGCCAUGAGCCAUAACAUUGCAGUCUCUCCCAAGUCCAGUGAGGAGCAGCUGAGAGAGCAGGGGUUUUUUAGUCUAAAGAAGAGGAGGUCCACUCAAGCUGGUUUUAAGUAAUAUUUAAGCUACAGCUUUGUCGGUUCUAAGUAUUAUUAAUGUUCAGCUUUUUAGCUCCAGAUUUCAGCAAGAUCCAUUUUUGAAUUGCACAAGGGAGCCAUCUAGUCCAAAUAAAGUCCAACUAGAGGCCUAACAAUACUAGCUACUUAUGCCAAGCAAGCACUUAGCUACUUUCAAAUGAUAUAAAAUGUUUAGCAGCAGUGUAUGCCUUGAGUCUGCCACGAAUUGGGUUCUGGAUUUUCAGAGUUCCAUUGUUGCUCCUUCCAGUUUUGCUGAGGCCUUGUUGCUCCUCUGUGACACCCUCCCUUCAGAAUGGCUUCUGGAUUCCUGAAAAAGACACCGACACCUCGUCUUUUGCUGAGGGAAAGACUGCAGCCUAACACUCUGCUUCCCUCUAAGUUCCAGCAGGAGAAGUUUCUCAGCACAAAGAAGGAGACCAGCACUGGGGGGAGUAUUCUGCCCAGAAUUGGCCCAUGGAUAGACCUGAGCAAGAAUGGUCCAAAGCUGCCGUCAGCUGCCCCGAAACAGAGCUUGUUUCAGGUUUCCCCACCAGAGAUGGUGUUUCAGAACUUCGUGGCUCGGGAGGUCUCUGAAAUGGUGCUGUCUGUGACGAAUAAGGACAAGAUUCCUCGGCUGGUGAAGGUGUGCAUGGAGAGCUGCCCUUAUUUCCAGCUGGCGUGCCCCAGGGGUGUGUACCACACGGUGCCAGCAGGCGCCUCUGCCCCGUGCGCAUCCACUUCAGCCCCUAGGAGAACAAGGAUUAUUCCCACGAGCUCACCUGCAUCACUACAAGGGGAAGGAUAGUGGUGCCAAUUCGGGCCAUUGCUGCCCGAGCUGUCCUGGACUUCCCUGAGCAGCUGGACUUCUCCAGGUGUCCAGUCAAGAGCAGCAGCCAGAAGACUCUGCUGCUCCACAACUCUGGGAACCUGGAAGCUCGUUUCCAGCUGAGCACCCAGAGGCAGAGUCUUUUUGGGCAGUCACAGACAGAGCUGCGGCAGGAAAAAUUAAUGGAGGAGAAAGAAACAGGGAAAGAGAAGGGCUCUUGUGAAGAUCGUGCUGCCAGCCUGAGAGCCCCAGGGGAGAUGGCAAAGGUGCACCAGGACCCCAUGUUCUCGGAUGACGUUUCUUUCAUUGAGCCAAUGGAGGGAGAAAUCGAGCCGGAUGGUUUGGCCAAAAUUAAGAUGACUUUCAAACCCCUGGAAGCAGUGGAGUAUCAAAGUGUGGCUUGUUGCAGCAUCUCAGGCCGUGAGAAUAGGCUGCCCCUGCAGCUCAGAGGGGAAGGCCAAGGACCCUUGGUUGAGCUCAGCUGUGACACUCUGGACCUUGGGGACAUUUUUGUCAAUACCCCCCAUGUCUGUGAGGUGAACCUGAUCAACCAAGGAGCUCUUGAUGCUCCCUUCAGCUACAUCCCUUCGGCCACAAAGGUGGGCUUGGGCUUCAAGUUGGCACCCCAGGAGGGCAUCAUUGCAGCAGGUGGGAGCCAGACUCUCCAGAUCUCCUUCAGUGCCACCGUGUUGGGGAGGUUUGAGGAAGAAUUCCGGUUCAGUCUGGCUGGAUCUCCUACGCCUGCCAUCCUGACCAUCAAGGGCAGCGUCACUGGACCCAGUUUGCACUUCGACCUCCCUGAGCUCGACUUCGGGGACAUCUCCUUUGGCUUUCCCUACACCCAGCGCUGCCGGCUCACUAACAGCUCCCCGGUGCCCGUGACGUUCCAGCUCCGCAUGUCGUUCGAUGGCACGCAGCCGGCCGUGGACAGCGUCGAUCAGAUCCGCUGCCACAGUGACCCAGCCUGGAGGAAGGGCAUUCACUUCUAUGUGGAGCCCCGGGAGUUUACAAUCACUCCCAGCAGAGGGACCAUCCUGCCCCAGGGACACCAGGACAUCCAGGUGACCCUGUGUUCCAACUCGGUGAUGGAGUUCUACAGGAAGAUGCUGGUGGAUCUGGAGGGUUUUGGCAAGGGAGUGGCAUCAUUGGUCAUCACAGCCAGAUGUCUCGUUCCCAAGCUGCAAGUGUCCCCCCACGUGCUGCAGUAUGAUGAGUGCCUCCUGAAGGUGCCAUAUGAGAAGAAGUUCCUGAUUAGGAAUCCCAGCCACCUGCCUGGCUGCUACGGGCUCAUUGAACAGAAACGCAAGGAGGACGCUGCUGUGCUCUACUCCAGCCCCAGGCCCUGUGGGAUUGUCCAGCCUCACAGCACUGCAGAGAUCCCAGUGCUGGUGGAAGUGCAGGCGCUGGGCACGCAUCGCACCAAUGUUCUCAUCGGCGUGUUCGGGGAUGAGAGAAACCCACUGAGAAAACAGUUAUGGAGCUCUGGACAGCUGGCAGAAACCUCCCCAAGCCCAAGGCUGAUGGAGUCUGGCAGGAUCCCAGCACUACAGCCCAUAGAUGAGCUUCACCCACCUCAAUUCACUCCCCAUCCACCAAAGGAGAUGAGAACAUGUUUGGAUUGCCCAGUGUCUCGAUGGAGGCACUUCAAGGCUGGAAAGCAGGAGGCAGCCACAGCCCUGACUGAAGAGCAGGAUUUGACCCAGUCUUCAGGAGUAGAGGCUUCCAGUAUCCUGCCAGUGUCAGGUGUGCUGCAGCCAGGAGAGAGCCAGCAGGUCUCCUUGCCCUUCUCUGGCCACCUCAACAGCAUCUCCAGUGCCACGGCGCUGUGCCACGUGGAGGGAGGCCCCAGCUCCGAGGUGCUGGUGCCCGGGGAGGCCUCACGUGCCAGCUGCUCCCCGAGCCCCCAGGAGAUCAGCUGUGGCUCUGGGGCACCUCUCAGGGAGAGAAGGGAGCUGAAGCGGCCGGCUCCAAAGCUUGAGGAGGAGACAAAAGCCUUGGAGGAGGAAGAGAGGCAGAAGGAGAAAGAGAAGCAGAAGAAAGCAAAGAAGGGUGUCUCUGUGGGGAAGGAACCUCCAAAAGCAGAGAAGGGGAAAACCAAACCCCCAGAGAAGAAGGAAAGCAAGGCCCCAGAGAAGAAGGAUACCAAAAUCCCAGAGCGGAUGGAAACCAAAGCCCCAGACAAGAUAGAAACCAAACUCCCAGAAAAGAAAAACAAACAUCCAGAAAAGAAGGAAACUAAAUUCCCAGAGAGGAAGGAAAGCAAGGCCCCAGAGAAGAAGGACACCAAAGCAUUAUUAGAGAAGAAGGAAAAUAAAUUCCUAGAGAAGAAGGAAACCAAAGCUCCAGAGAAGAUUGAAAACAAACUCCCAGAAAAGAAAUACAAACCUCCAGAAAAGAGGGAAUCCAAAUUCCCAGAGAAGAAGGAAACCAAAGCUCCAGAGAAGAUUGAAAACAAACUCCCAGAAAAGAAAUACAAACCUCCAGAAAAGAGGGAAUCCAAAUUCCCAGAGAAGAAGGAAACCAAAGCUCCAGAGAAGAUUGAAAACAAACUACCAGAAAAGAAAUACAAACCUCCAGAAAAGAGGGAAAUCAAAAUCCCAGAGAGGAAGGAAAGCAAAGCACCAGAGAGGAAGGAAGUGAAAAUCCUAAAGAAGGAAAGCAAAUCUCCAGAGAAGAGAAGCAAACCUCCAGAAAAGAAGGAAACCAAAUGCCCAGAGAGGAAGGAAAUCAAAAUCCCAGAGAAGGAAAGCAAGGCACCAAAAAAGAAGGAACCCAAAGCCCCAAAGAAGGGGGAAGCCAAAGUGCCAGAGAAGAGAGAGACCAAAGCCCCAAAGAAGAAGGAACCCAAAGCCCCAAAGAAGGGGGAAGCCAAAGCCUGAAAGAAGGGAGGAACCAAAAUCCCAGAGAACCCAGCUGAGCUGGAGAAGAACUCUUUUUUUUAUUCACACAACUUAUUUUAUACAGUUUGACAAACCUAAUGUGCCACUUUAGUUAAUAGAUUUCUUAUUAUUAGUUAUGCCAGUUAUUCUGUUGGAUAAUAAAAUAUAUUCUACUUGUGCAUCAAA